AUGAAAAGAACAGAACGAGAGGGAUUCUACAAAGGCGACCCGAUUUGGAACAUUUACAAACGACAUGGCGGUAGAACGGCUUGUCUUUUCUGGCCAGGCUGCGCCUUCAACAUCUCAGGGUUACGACCAGAUAUCUCGCCACCGUACAACAAGGAUUUACCUUUCCGGAAUCGAUUUGACAUGGUACGCUAUACU